GUCUCCUUAGCAACCGAAUUUAACAACCGGAGUUGAAGUUUUUGCUGAAAGAACGCCGCGAGGAUGGCUGGGACAGGAGAGGUAAAGAAGGAGGAGGCCGACUACAAGGAGGAGGCCGACUACAAGAGGCUGCACAAUUUUCCUCUCAUCAGGCACACAGACAUGCCAGAAGAAAUGAGGGUUGAGACCAUGGAGCUCUGCGUGACGGCCUGUGAAAAGUUUGCCACCAACAAUGAGAGCGCUGCAAAGAUGAUCAAGGAGUCGAUGGACAAGAAAUUUGGCAGUUCGUGGCACGUGGUGAUUGGUGAAAGCUUUGGUUUUGAGGUCACACACGAGGUGAAGAACCUGUUGUACAUGUUUUUUGGCGGGCGCUUGGCUAUAUGUGUUUGGAAGUGCUCCUAGCAUCUCCUUCCUUACUCCUGCUUUAUAAAUGCAGCUGGCAGGGAAAAAUAAUUGAACGGAAACUCUGAACCUGACAGGUGCUGUGGCUGGUAGGUGUUUAAAAA